AUGAAGUUGAGUAGCAGCUUCAAUUGCAAUGGUCAUGUACGCGGCUCCGGGGAGAACCGCAUUAGCCUCGUGCUGGCCACGGGCACAGUCCAAACCACAAAAGCCGUUGUCGUGGUGGAACUCACUGUCAAAGCCGCCGUUCGCGACGUCCUCCAGCCCAAGGUGCGCAACGGAUGGUUGCUCGCGCGAGUCAAAGCCGUCGCCAUCAAUCCCACGGACUGGAAGCACGUUGCUUGGGCCGCCGCCGAUGUUAGGUGCAGAGUAGGCUGCGACUAUGCGGGCGUCGUGGAGGAGGUCGGGGCAAAUGUCACCAACUUCCAGCCUGGUGAUCGGAUCACUGGCUGGAUCCAUGGCUCGAACCGCGCGAAUCAUGAAUAUGGCGCCUUUGCUGAACUCGCCAUUGCGAAAGCUUGUGUCCAGAUGAAGGUUCCCGAUAACAUGAGCUUUGAAGAAGCACCUUCACUCGGUGUCGCCCACAUGACUGUCCUCGCCAAGCUGUCCGGUUUGACCGUGAUCACGACCUCCUCGACCCGCAACUUUGACCUGGUCAAAUCCCUGGGCGCGGACGCCGCGUUCGACUACAACUCGCCUACCUGUGGCAAGGACAUCAAGCGCUUCACCAACAACAAGCUCCUCUACUCGUGGGACUGCACCGGCGACGGGGCCGGCAUCUGCGCGGCCGCCAUGUCGGACGCGGAGCCGGGCACGUACGGGACCAUCAUGCCCGCCGACUACGAGCUCCUCGCGCGGACGAACCCCAAGGUCACGGGACAGGAGUUUAUGUGCGGGUACGACACGCAGGGCGAGUUCUACUACUGGCUCGGAGACGUGCCGGUGCAGCCGGACCCGACAGAGAUGGAGUUUUACCGCAUGUUCUUGGAGCUGACGCAGCGGCUGCUAGAGAGCGGCGCGAUUAAACCCCCGCGGAUGAGUCUAAACAAGAUGGGCGGCGGGCUGGAGGGCGUAGCGAAGGGGCUAGCGGAGAUGCAGGCGGGCUUAGUCCUCAGUGCAGAGAAACUGGUUUACACUAUUUAG